AUGAGGGCGCGUCACGUGCCCAGCCCGGGGCUCUUGCCGUCAUCCAACAUCUCGCCGUCCGUUUCUCCUCCAGUUGCGGACCAAGGGUUUCCCAUCCCAGCGCUUUCUCGAACUCCUACCCACCCCGCCGGCUUUCGACUUAACCCACAGACCACGCCCUUCACUCUUUCGCUGGUCUUUUCUUCACUAUCUGGUGCUGCUCGAUAUUUCACUUCAGUGCUGUGUCGGCUCAUUGGAAUAUCUUCGAUUCAGGUCUCCCUUUCGCGAGGCUCGGGCUGCCCAGGCUUAGGCCAACCUCCUCUUCCUUCACCCUGCACUCCGUCCUCGAUGUCUGAUCGCGCCUCCUCGGCAUCAUUUCGAGCAGGACCUCCAUCACCAUCAUCUCCCGCCGCAGGGACUCUCAAGCAAAACCAGUUACCAGCUCCCUUAUCCGAUCGAAUUCCACAGACUCCGACAUCACCUCCGUUGAUGUCGGUAAGCGCUCAGAACUAUGCCACCAACUUUGUAUCCUCGCAAGCAUCACCUAACCAGGCGACCUCUCAAUCCGCAACCCUCUCAUCACCCCCGUCCUCUGCUCCGAUGUCCACCCAAGCCUCGCAACAACCGACGGUAGGUACGGCGAAUUCGUUUCCGACGCCGGCCAGCAGCGUGAGCGGGCACUUCCCGGGUGCGACUUCCUUCGAUGAUCCUGAAAAUACAGAUAAGCCAAUGGGCUCGACAGUUCCAGACACAGGUGCGCAAACAGCGAACAUGAAUGCCGCGGCCAUACAGCAGGCAGAACACAGACGGACAGAUCAUGACCGGCAUACAGAAGGUAUAAAAAUGGAAGUUGGAGUCCGCGAUUUUGCUGUGAACCACGGAGGCGACGCUAUGGAUAUCGAUAGUGAGGCGCCGGCUUCAUCCAGUCGCAGUGAGCCAAGCUUGGAAUCCUUGCAGAAGAACUUUUCGUCUGCCUUUCAUGUUUGCAAAAGCUCCCAUAUUGCGACUGGACCGGAUCCAUCGCUAGAUCUCAUCUCACUGUACGGAUUAGGUCCAGUGGCAAAGUCUGUUGCUCGGAUGGAUCCUGUGACAGGCGAGAAGAUCAACAGGCUCAGGAAAUCCUAUGAAGGAAAGCUGAAGGGCUUGGGACUCGCAGGCAGGAACAAGCCAGUGAAGACCGAGCCUGGUGCGCCCGGAAGCCUCAGGCACAUGACCAUGUGGCCAGAGGAAGAAUGGCAAAACCAAAAAGUGUUCGGGAAGGAGAUCAAGGUAGCGGACAUGGACUCUGCGCUGCACAGCUUGCAGAUGAGGGCCAUGAAGAUGGAGCCGGGCACGGUACCGAACAAUGAGUAUUGGGAAGACGUGCUGGGGCACGAGAAGCCAUCUAAGCACGCCGGUGGCGACGCCAGCAAAAAGGGCGUCGCACCCCCUCCCAACGGAGUCCGGAUUCCCCAACCGAAUGGAACCCCAGCGCCUGUUUCAGACCAAGAGCGAUCCCGACCCAGCAGGGGACGUAAACGGCAUUACGACGACAACAGUUUUGUUGGUUACGGCGAAGGUUACGCAGACGAUGAUGACGAUGGGGCAUUUUAUUCAAACAGUGAAGGCAUGGGGAAGAAAAAACGGAAGAAGGUAGGGCGUUCGGACGGUGAAAUGGCAUUCUAA